CUGGCCGAUACGCGCUGCGCGCGCUGCGCCGCCAUGUCGCACAUCUUCGGAUGCAAGCAGACACCACCCACGCCGCCUACCACGAGUGAUGAGGAGAGUUCUGGCAGCACCAGCGACGCAGAAAUGAAAAAGAAGAAGGGCAACCGUGCCAUGGGGAAGAAGAAGUACCCCAAGGCCAUCAAGUACUACAGCAAGGCCAUCAAGAUUGACCCCAACAACGCCACCUACCAUUUGAACCGCGCCAUUGCCAACUCGGCCCUGGAGCUCUGGAAGGACGCGGAACACGACGCCACCACGGCCGUGGAGCUCCAGGAUGCUACGACGACCGCGACGACGACGGCGGCUUCCUCCAAGGGUCACUUCCAACUGGCUCGUGCCCGACUACGCCGCGGUCGCUGUUUGGAAGCGAGAGAGGCGUUGAAGUUGGGACUGAACAGAUAUCCACAGGAGCCAGCAUUGCUACAGCUAGGCAAAGAAAUCGACCGUGCCGUGGCGAAAUUGGAGGCCAAGAGGCAACAGGAGGAGGAGGACGCAGCAAAGUCUGCGGGACCCAGUGGUGCUAAAGCCUUGACAGAUCAAGCCCGCGCCCUGGCCGACGCCUCGCCCAGCGCCGCGCUGCCGCUGCUGGCGGAGGCCGUCCAGGCGGCGCAGCGUCACCGGCAGCGGCGCGAGGAGAUCGGCGCCCGGUCGUUGCAGGGCAAGGUGCACCUGCGACUACGGCAGUGGGCUGAUGCAGUUUCCAGUUGGGAGGCAGUGGUACAGCUAGAACUGCAGGAGUUUAGCGUGGACAUUUUGGAGGAAAGAUCCGCACUGUCCAAUGCCCACAACAACCUUGGCAUCGCGCAAAAGAAUGCUGGCAGGUUAGGUGAAGCAUCCUCGUCUUUUCAGGAGGCGUACCGCUUAGCGACCAACGGAGAUGAUAAGGUCGCGACUCAUCAGGCCUCUCAGAUCUUGCAAAACGCAGCGCAGUGUUUGCUGGUGCAAGGGAAGGCUGCGGAGGCCCGAGCGUUGUGCGAGCGUUCACAGGAGAUCUGCCAGCGUCUCUUCGGCGAUCGCCAUGGCACGCUGGCCCUGGGUGGCCUGGCCCUGGCGCGCUGCUUUCGGGCGGAAGGCGAUCUGCGGAACGCCAUCGCCAGCUACGCCAAAAGUUUGGACAUCUUCAGCGAGAAGACCAGCGAGGAGUCCCUAGCAGAGCUGCCAGAGCUGCCCAGCGUGGAUCGGCUGCAGCAGCUGCUGCAGCAGACGCGUGGCGAGUUGGCGCAGCUGGUGGCGCUGGCCGAACGCGCCAAGGCGCAGGCCAUGCAAGGAGCCGCCGCGGGCAGCGCUGCCGCCGAGGGAUAUUCGGAAGCAGCACCGGAAGCGCCAAGCCAAUAAACCGCACUAGAACAUGCUCGCCCGCCUCGUUGUUUUGCUGGAAAGAUUUGAGCCUGGCAGCUGCUGGUUUGGAUGGUCAGGAACCGAUGAAGUUCACCUUGGUUUCUGCCUAGAAUCUAG